AUGUGGUGCCCGGGAAGUGAUCUGCCAAGCGGGAAGAAGGUGAGCUUGCUCUACGUUCGCUACUGCGACAAGCACUACGCAUACGGUAUACAGAGAUCCUGUGCCACAAUCCUGAUCCAUUUGCAGCGUGAUGGAUCCUACUACUUUCAUAGCGUGCUGCUCAUGGCCUUCAUGGUGAACCUCGUCAGCCUGUGCGGCUUGCGCAUCUCGCUGAGCCACCUAAGCGGCCGCCUGGGCCACCUCAUUACUUGCUUCCUGGCUGUUUUGGCGUAUCGCUACGUCAUCGACGAUAAGCUUCCACAAAAGCAGUACAUGACUGCGGCCGACUGGUACAUACUCUCACCUUGUGUCUUUCUUGUGCUGCUCUGCAUUGAGACAGUGACUCUGUCGGCUUGCGGCAGGGAGGGCGUCCUGACUUCGUGCAAGACCUCGGAUCAAGACAUGUUGGAUCGAUAUACCGGAAUAUACCGGUUUCGGUGCGGCAGCGGCAUGGAUCAUGGGCAAUGCCAUGCUAUACUUUUUGUGGAAAUGCGGCUGUCGCUCGAGCUGCAGCAGCGUCUAUGCCGACAACGAAGAACCGUACUUCCGCGUCUGCGAGUGCCCAGAAUGAAAGCAUCGUUGGUUUCGCAAGCAGUUUGGAAACAACAAUGGGAAGUGCAAGGAACCAGCACAUGCGAACGUCACUCUGCGACUGCUUUACCAGAGCACGUUGAGGGAGUGAGCUCAACCGGAUCGCAGAGCUUGCGUCGCGGCCAAACGAAUGAGAGCAACACCUGCGGCACUGCAGAGAAAGCUUCGCGAGGACAGUUCGGAGAUGUUCGGAGCGCUGCCAGUAAGCCCAACCCGCUAGUGCGACGGCCUGAGCCUUUGUCUUCUGGGCAUUUCGGACAUUUCUUCGACCGGUAG